CCAGCGCAGAAAUUAUUUAACCGCGAUACGAAUCGGUUGUGUUUUUGGCGUUUUCGCGUGCGAUUUUUUUUCUAGUGGCUGAUUGUUGUAUACAACUUAAUCCCGCUGCUUUGCGCGAGGAUAGAUUACUAGUCUAUGUGAGUACGCGGCUUAUCGGUUACAUAGACGAGCAACGUUUCGCUAUCAGGCGAGAUAAUUCGUCGCCGGUGCUGUCGAUGGUAAAACUAUAGUUUCUGGUGAGAAGACGAGCGAGCCGCUGGCAGGAGUGCUCCUGUGGUGGGGUGAAGAGGGAAUAUACAGUGCAUUAUAGUGAAGUGCAGAAGAGUGAAAUCCGUGUGUAUAGAGCCGUAAAGAAACCGGAACCGGUUGCGGUUACCAUCUGGCCAAGCUCCACAGUGUUUGAGUUACACCCGCGAGUGCCGUGUCCAUCCUUUAAACCACAGAAACUCCCCGCAACCAGAAAUGGCCUGCUCGAGGGCCUUCUACUGUUGUGCGCUACUGAUGCUCUACUUUGGAGCUUUGGUGCAGAGUGGCGCACCGGUCCGUCCGGGAACCGGAAAUCCGUCUCCACGGCUGCCACGUACCAGUGCCAGCCAACUGUCGGCGCAGAACAACAACAGUACCGGAGUGCGUAAUUUGGCUGCGAAGAACCUGACCGCCCAGCAAGGCCGUGGGAACUACAGAUCAAGAGAGCAGCAGCUGCUGAAUGUGUUCGAAGUUGUUGUUUCGACGCUAGAGGGUAAACUGCAGCGGAUAGACAAUCUGGACAAAGCGGUGGAGCAUCUGAUGCGCCGGGUUGAAUCAUUGGACAGUAAAAUGGCCGAUAAUAUUCACAAAACCGAUUCGGUUAUCUCGAAGCUGCGCACUUUAGACAGUAAACUGUCGAACGAAGGUGACAGACUGAACAGUGUGCGAACUGCCAAAUCCACCAACAGCUUGGACAGCAGAUUGGUUUCACUCGAUCAAAAGGUCAGCGAUAUCGAUAACAAAUUGAACGGACUCAAGAACCAGAUCGAUAGCAACUUCCUGCCCGUGGAUGAUAUCAACGCGGAAGCUAGUGAGAGGAAAACCGUUAGCAUGAAUGUGGCGGAAAUCACAAAAGCAAUGCAUUCCGAGGUUAUGGGACACAUCACGAAAGACUUGGGACAGUUGCGUUCCAUUUCGGAAGGAAUCGACAAAAAGCUGCAGUUCCACAUCAACAUAGUUUCCGAGAGCCUCGGUAAAACGUUGAAUCUGCUGAAUGAAGUUCACGAUGCCGUAGUCGAUCAUAACAUAAACUUCAGCUAUAACACAACCUCGACACUGCCACCGUUCGUGAAGGCCAGUAAAAUCGAUAUUCUGGUGAAACAGAUCCGACCGAUCAUGUCCGUGUCGGAAAAGAUGGACGAAGUGUGGGAUGUCGUAGUGGGCACCAAGAGCUCCGUCGAUGAUCUGGUGCCGAAAUCCGAUGCCCUGCUGACCCAAAACCAACGCCAGGAGCGAGCAAUUGGCGAGAUUCACCAUGAUCUGAAAACGAAAACAAAUCUGAUCAUCAACAACCUAGAUAUGGUGGAAAAGCGGCUCAAGAAGCAGGAGGAUGAUGUGGCGGUACUUGCCCAGCGGCCUGUCCCGGCUGAGCUGCUGAUGGAUCCGACGAUUGAUCGACUUGUGGAAUAUGAUCCGAACAGAUAUUCAAUCGUUGAUGACUUCACGGAAGCACUGCCGACGACGACUUACCCCACCGUUCCGUCCUCUACGUCGACAGCCAGCUCGAGCAGCAGCACUAGUAGUAGCAGCACAGCAGCAAGCAAUGCUAGCUUUAACAGCAACACAUCCUCGCCAGCCGGAACCGCUACGCAAAUAGUUCAACCUGGAGGUAAAAAUGUCUCCCGCAAAGGUGGUAUUAUCUUCCCCAGUGUGAAGAACAAGCCGUCCGUGCUGAACAGCACGUUUGCCAGUGAAAAUCUUCUCUUCAAAGAUAUUAAAGGAUUCUCCUGUACGGACCUGAUGAAUGCCGGCAUGCGGCAGUCCGGAGUGUACUACCUGCAGAUUCGGGGCACGACCUACUGGUUCCUGAAGGUCUUCUGCGAGCAGGAGAUUGCCGACGGAGGAUGGACCGUUAUUCAACGACGCGACGACUUCGGUGAGCCUCGAGAAAACUUCAACCGUGAUUGGGCCGACUACAAGAAUGGCUUUGGCGAUCCGGCGAAGGAAUUCUGGCUCGGAAACGAGAAUAUCUACAUGCUGACAAACAACGAGGACUACUCUCUGAGGGUCGAACUGGAGGAUUUCGAAGGAAACAAGAGGUACGCACAAUAUUCCCAUUUCAAGAUCCACUCCGAGCAAGACUACUAUAAACUGGAAAUCGACGGUUACGAGGGCAACGCCGGGGACUCGUUGAACGAUCCUUGGUACGGAUCGAACAACAGCCCAUUCUCGACGUACAACCGCGACAAUGACCGAAGCUCACUAAACUGCGCCAGCAUGCUCAAAGGCGGCUGGUGGUGGAAGUCAUGUGGACGAGGACUGAACGGUCUAUAUCUGCACGAUCCCCAGGAUCUGACCGCCCGGCAGGGCAUUGUCUGGUUCCGCUGGAGGGGCUGGGACUACACGCUCAAGAAGGCAACCAUGAUGAUCAAACCACGCGGACCACAACCCCAAUCGCAAGUGACAAGUGCGACGACGACGUAAUAGUGAUACUUUUUUCUUUUUUUCGCGCAAACUCGAGUUUUUGUACAAAUCUUUUCUCUAUUAUCAUUUCUGUUUUAUUUUUUUGUUAUUGUACAAUCGAAAUACAUUGGUAUAAAAAGCCCAUACAAAACGAGUCAUAGAAACAACUCUUCGCCGCGACGUUAGAGAUCAGAGAUUCAAAUGUAUUUGAACAAACAUCUGUUUCUUAACUAGUGUAUCUGAAUAUCUAAAAUUUUCAACAAUCAUCUCAUUCUAAUUUCUCUUAUGUGGUUAUUUUUCUUCAUAACUUUCUCUUCGUCUCUGUUGUUAUGAAUUUCUUAUUUUAUGAUUAUUUAUUAAAUUUAGCCAAAACCGUCCGUCAUGGGAGCAAGAGCACUCUAAAAUUAAAACCGGCACUAAAAUGUGUCGCGCGUGUGGUUCCGGAAGGAUUUUUCGGUUCUUUCUCGGUGCGGUGUAUUUGGCACCUCGUACCGUGUUCUAAGUUUCACAAUCGUCACGGAUGACCCACAUUUGUGCCCAGCAUACUAAUGCGAUGCUUUUACUCUUUUCUUAUUCCAUAAAACUCUGGCCUUUUUAUGUAAACGAAGAGAAGAUAUCUAAUGACGAACUGAAAGAGAUUGUCUAAAAAUAGUAUAUUUGUUUUUUUUUACGUUAGGUAAAUUCAUCAUUUUCGUGGUCAUUUGUUUGACAGAAUGUUUUAGUUUUUGAAGUGCUUUUGACAGUUCAGAUACAUAACAGUCCCAAAGCAAAUUUUGACAAUAUCCGGUAUAACAUCAACCGAUCGCCCAGUUAACAACUUCCACUUCAGAUACUUUCGUCUUACACAUAUUACAAACCCUUUUCUUGGACACCGAUUUAAACGAGACAUGGAACUAUGCACGCAAGAAAAAGAAAACAUUCAGCUCAAACGAAUUCACGAACAAACAAAUCACGAGAGCACAUACACACAGAUAUGAAUUCAUUUGUCCACAAAAUCAUGUUAUUAGCAAAGAAGCUAAAUAAAUAGUAGAAUGCAUAUAAAAACAUCGCGACACAGAACAAACCGAAUUUUCUAGAUCAAAUUCUAUGUAAACCGUUUGGGCGAGAAAAAAAUCAAAAUUAUUGUAACAACUACUAUUACUACUAUUAUAAUUAUAAUAAAUAUUAUCAUACUACAUUAUUCAUGCAUGCAAACAUACACAAACGAACAAACGCAUCUCUGUGUCCGUAUGUGUAACAAUUGUCGAAUCACUCUGCUCAACUGUAUGCGUGAGCAAACGAAGGAACAUAUACAUAUUAGAUCUUAGACUAUUCAUGAGACAUAAUGUGGAAACAAAUCAGCGCAGCAAAAUUCAAUUGUAAAUAUCGUUUUAAUUUAAUAGUUGUUAGAAUGUUUUCAUAUUGAAAUAAAGAAGAUGUGAAAAUAGUUA